AUGGAAGCGGAAAAGGAGUUGGAAAGCCUUUUUAGCCCUGAAGCGUCCACUGCUGAAGCGAAGGAUCCUUUCGAGGAAUUGCUCUCACGCAGACAACUUCUCGAUGAUUCUUUCGAGGAUGUUGGUCCUGAGGGUUCAGAGGAGUGCUGCAGUGUGAAGGAGCUCACAGAGUGGGCUCAGAGGGAGAAACUCGGUGCUCGGUUCCAGUCAGGCCUUGAGGAGGUGGUGAAACAAGGUGGACUUCGACGCGUCAACGAUGCAUUUUUGCUGGCGUUGGGCAUUCAGUUGCCACCCAUGCGAAAAAAGAUACUUGGGGCCAUCAAGCGGAAACUGAUUGGUAGCAGAACAGUGCGCUUCGGGGAAGUGCUGCAGUAUGAGCCAAUGUUGAAGAACAAGCCAAGAUUCAGCAAAUGCCCCUGGGUGGACCUGGAUGAAAUAGAGGUCCGGAAUGACAAAAUGACCUUGAAGGCGGCCAUCACGACCUGGCGUUUUUGCGCCACUGGCCUGGAUGGUCAAGAAGAGACAGCGCUGAAGGAAAAUGCCUUUAACGCUUGGAAACCCAAGCCGAAGGGCAUCUGCGAGAUCCUCCAGGACAUGCUGGAGGGGCUCGGAGCUUUCUUCGUUUCAAUGCCUUGCUGCUGCAGGGAGAAGCCUCUGGAGUGAAGUGCUCUGAGGAAUGCAGCAACUGCCAAUGUGAAUGUGAGGAAGCGUCCAAAGCUGGCGUGACUUCUAUGCAGUGGUUGGGACGGUGCAGUCCUGAGACUCGGUUUAAUGGUGAGACAAGAUUCCGUCAAGACCAGUGCCCAGAUUGUAGGCUUGUGUUCUAAAGCUGUGACACAAGAUUGAGAAGCACCAUGAAGCACCAGCCACGACAUCCUGCUCAUGGUGAUAUUGGAUGACACCGGUACACGCUGCGGAAACCUCCUGCAGCGUAUCGAUUUACUGACUUGAGUGCAAAUGCCGAGUUUGAAAGUUCAAC